ACAAUACAUUUAAAACAAAACCAAGGAAAGAAAACCCGGGCCAGCGCUUUAAAGGUUAACAUCCUCUGCCGACCAACUCGCGUUUCACCCAACCACAUCCCGGAGUGGCUUUUCCAGCACACUGACCAAUGAGUGCAGCCCGUGGGAAGGGCUUAGGAUGCUGCCCCCCCUCCUCCUUCCCCCAUUUUUGGGUUUGUUUUGUUUAGUAAAUUAAUGCAGCAAGAAAGUCCCAAGAUCUGGCGAGCUCCAUCCGGGCAAGGAGGGCAAUGCAAUGGAUUAAGAGGCCACUGAGGUACUUUUCUUUCUUUCUGAUCCCCAGGGGAGUCCCAGACCCAUGAAACUUGCCCUCGGCUUCCUCUCCCCUUGAGCCCCAAGCAAUGGGACACCUUCCCCGCAGCACUAACAACUUCCUCCGGGGGGGAAUAGCCCAGAAAGCAGGAAUCAACAGCAGCCAAACGCUGGAGGAGGAGAGCAAGAUUUCCGGGACAAUCCAGCAAAUGCCCAGCACUGACCAAUUCCCUUGGAUUUAACUGGAGAAGACACCCCGGCUCGCAGAGGAGAGUCAAAGCGCUGGGCUGGUGGGGGGGGGUUGGGGUUUUUUAGGUUUUUUUCCCCCCCUAUCCCCCUUCCCCCAUGGCAAAUAUACUCUGGUUGCACCUUGCCUGUUCCAGCAACUCGAUGCCAGGACUGGGAUCCCACUGAAGGGAAAGGAGAUUUCUGUGCAGGAAUCUGCUCGUCCAACCAAACCCCACUGCAGUGUGGGGGGGUGGAAAACAGAUCCGCGGCGGAGUUUAAACACCAAGUCUCUCUCCAAGGUGCUGCCACCGAGGAGGGGGGGGGUCUCUGUCCAGGGUCCUGAACUCACAGCCUCCGAUUCAGCGUUUUCCUCCUGAUCCCCGCCGCAACUCUCUCAGAGGAGGGUUGUCUGAAAAUGACCAAGUAGGAAGUUCCAGCACUUUAUUCCGCCUGGUUUGGGGUUUGCUUUUUACUACCGCCGUCGCUGUUAUUUUUUUUUUAAGCGGAAAUUUAUCCAUUGGCUGAUUUUAUUUUGUUUUAUUUUUAAACUCGUGGACUACAAAUCACCAGAUCGGAAACAAUGUUUAACGUCAAUGCGCUUGGAGUCUACGUUUGGGAAACUCUAGUAUUCUUCAGCCUGGCAGCUUCCAAAGAAGCCGAAGCAGCGGCACGGUCUACUUCCAAACCCAUGUCCCCCUCGGAUUUCCUGGAUAAGUUGAUGGGCAGAACCUCAGGAUACGAUGCCAGAAUCAGACCAAAUUUUAAAGGCCCUCCAGUAAACGUCAGCUGCAACAUUUUCAUCAACAGCUUUGGUUCUAUUGCAGAAACGACUAUGGACUACAGGGUGAACAUCUUCUUGCGGCAGCAGUGGAAUGACCCGCGGCUGGCUUACAACGAGUACCCCGAUGACUCCCUGGAUUUGGACCCCUCCAUGUUGGACUCCAUCUGGAAGCCGGACUUGUUCUUUGCCAACGAGAAGGGGGCCCAUUUCCACGAGAUCACCACAGACAACAAACUUUUGCGCAUUUCCAGAAAUGGCAACGUCCUCUACAGUAUCAGGAUUACACUAACGCUGGCUUGUCCCAUGGAUCUGAAGAAUUUCCCCAUGGACGUGCAGACGUGCAUCAUGCAGUUAGAGAGCUUUGGCUACACAAUGAAUGAUCUGAUAUUUGAAUGGCAAGAGAAAGGAGCUGUGCAGGUUGCUGAUGGAUUAACCUUGCCUCAGUUUAUCCUGAAGGAAGAAAAAGAUUUACGAUACUGCACCAAGCAUUACAACACAGGCAAGUUCACCUGCAUAGAAGCACGUUUCCACCUGGAGCGACAGAUGGGCUACUACCUGAUCCAGAUGUACAUCCCCAGCCUUCUGAUAGUCAUCCUGUCUUGGAUCUCCUUCUGGAUCAACAUGGAUGCUGCACCUGCCCGUGUUGGCCUGGGCAUCACCACCGUGCUCACUAUGACCACCCAGAGCUCAGGUUCCCGAGCAUCAUUGCCCAAGGUGUCCUACGUUAAGGCCAUAGACAUCUGGAUGGCUGUGUGCUUGCUGUUCGUGUUCUCAGCUCUCCUGGAGUAUGCCGCUGUCAACUUUGUGUCCCGGCAGCACAAAGAGCUGCUCAGAUUCAGAAGGAAGAGGAGGCACCACAAGGAGGACGAAGCCGGAGAAGGUAGGUUCAACUUCUCCGCCUAUGGGAUGGGCCCUGCCUGCCUGCAAGCGAAGGACGGCAUCUCGGUCAAAGGAGCCAACAACAACAACACGGCCAACACAGCCCCGGCCGCCUGCCGGUCUCCCGACGAGAUGCGCAAGCUCUUCAUCCAGCGAGCCAAGAAGAUUGACAAGAUCUCGCGCAUCGGCUUCCCCAUGGCUUUUCUCAUCUUCAACAUUUUCUACUGGAUUAUCUACAAGAUCGUCCGCAGGGAGGACGUGCACAACCAGUGAGCAGGGCCGCCCAGAGAGGAGAGCCAAACGGGAUGAGAGGGGAGAAAGCAAUCCUCUAUACACAUGUGCAAUAGCAGUGCAGCGAUGCAUGAAUUUAAGAAUGUGGCAAUAUCUACUUUAAAAUAAAUGGGGGGGGGGAGGGACUUUUAAAUAUACAAACUGAGGAUUACCAGGGGCUGGGGAAGGAAGUUUUCCAAAACUUGAAUUGGGGGAUUGCAGGGGGCUAGGUGUUUUACAGCAUAGGAAGGUUCGGAUUGCUACAGCGGCAGUCCAAGCAGUGUAAUAUAUUAAAUAUAUAUUCAUGCUUAAUUAUAAUGCAAAAAAAAAAUCCUUUUUUUAGCCUAUUAACAGCUUAAAUUCUAAAGCCACUGGAAUGAUUCAUGAUUCCAUGUGCAGAAGAUAUUACAAUUAUGCUUAAAUUUGACUUUUGCUAUAUAAAGGCCAUACCAGUUUCCAGCCAAGCACGCAAAAAAAAAAAAAAAAAAAACCACAUAUACACACAAGAGAGUCAUUUAUGCUUCCCUAGGUUUGGUGUCUUUGUUUUCAAGUUGGGAUGGAUUGGGGGAACUUUAAGGAAGAGGCUGUGGGUCAUUCUUUUGGCCAAGGAUUUGAAAAUCAAAUAUUUUGUCUCUCUUAGUUAAAGCAAAUAUAGUCCCCAUCCCCUUUAGAGACUGGCCCAACGAGAAAUCUGAAAACACGACGGCAUUAGAAAGUGCGAGUACGUGCUGUCCUUUUCAGCAAACCAAAAGAAUGACAAUCUCAAGAGGCAGCAAUUGCCCUUAGCACAAGUAACAAAAUUGUUUUAAAACAGCAUUUGUGUUUCAACCCUUUUAUGCCGCAUUUGUUUGGGGAGGGGGGGAUGGAGGGUGAAUGGGAAAAAACAAAGAGCAAUUGUGUUUCAAUAGAGCUUUAAAAAAAAAAUCCCAGGGUUCUAAUGCUGCGCACCUCGCAGUGAGGAAGGGAAGUAGAUAGAGAAAUAAGAGAAAUCGAUUUGUACUGGUGCAGGCUGGGGUGGGGGGAGGCGGUAGCUGUACAGAGAGGGCAAUCAUUAUUUUCUGCCAUUGCAUAGCAGUAACAGUAACGAAACUGGGUCGAGGGCCCAACUAUGCUUUUGUAACUUUCGAGUGCUGCGUUCAGCUCUGACGUCCAGGGAAAGAGGAACGAGCCUUCUUUUCCCUCUGUUGUUUGGCGGGAGGAUCUGGUCCCAGGGGGGAGCCCAAGGAAGCCAAGCAGAUGAGGAGAAGGGAAGGCCAUUCAUGUUUACAUGGGGUGGGAAAGGGGUUUCCAGGAGCCAGGCAUCCAAAGAGGGGACAGAAACGCUGGCAAAUAGGCAGGGGGGCUGCAAGCUUGUGAUGCAAGCGUAAUGUCAGUGUUCGGGGUAGGGAUGGGGCAUUUUAUACAGCUCUGUUGCUGGCAUCUCAAAGACAGGCUCAGGAGCAGUGCAGAUGAGCACAGAGUUGCUGUCCUAUCCCCGUCUUUGGGGCCAUCUUCGAUCCAGUAGCCAGGCUGCCGAGCUGCCAUGGCUGUAUUUUAUUUAUUUAUUGUUGCGCACUUUAGUGUGUCAGGUGAUAAGAGAAGCAGCGAAUGGGAAAGAAGAGACAAUCAGUUGGCACUGAAGCACCCAGGCUGGGUCUUGAUUGCUAUGUAGAGACCGGGAUGCUGAACUAAGGGAGCCAGAUCAGAGGCGCCUCGGGAGGUUUUCAACACCCUUGCUCAGGAUUUGCCUUUCAGCAGCUGGAAACAACUGGCCUGGGGCAGGACUGAUCCAUUUCUAUCCAUGUAGGAGGCAGGCGUUCGAUUUCAGGAGUUGCAUCUCUACAUGUGAUACAAGGCAACACAAAGCAAAACUCCAGCCCUUUUAUACAGGUCUACUGGACCGGGGACGGAAUAGAGAGCCUCUCGCCUCGGACACCAACUCGGAUCUGACCCAGGUCAGUCGCAACCAGCCAUCUUAUGGGAGAGCGGUGAAAGGGUUCGGUGGGCUAAGUGCAGCUCCCAGUCCACAAGCCCGUGUCACAACGGCCAGCCUUAGAGCAGAGAGGCCAAGGGGGGAGACUGAAGGCCGCUCUAGCACAGGCCAGAUGCACCUUGGGAAGGGGAGGGACGAGGAUGGGGAAAGCUUGCCCAUGGCUGCCCAGGUGCUACCGGUUCUGUGGACAGACAUCAGUCUGCAGGGCUGCCAGGCCAGCACCUUUCACCAGCACUAAAUGCACUUUAUUUAAAAAUAGAAGAAAAAAAGGCAAAAAAAAAAAAAAAAGUGGGUCUGUUGCACAGAAUAGGGUAAAAUGCAGUAUUUUCUAAAGUCUUGGCAAGAGGUACCGCUUAGCUUCAGGGGCUCGUUAUCACUGCUGGGGUGGGGACAGGGAGUGAAAUACCAGCCCCCUCCCUCCACUCAGGCAGCAUAAAUCUUGUAGGUUGAGGAUUUUGUUCUUCUGUCGCUGGGUAACAGAGCGUUCCCAGGAAGGGAGAAGUCACUGGAAUACAAAGCAGUCGGGCAGAGCCGAUGUUUAAUCUGAAGAUGACUGAGUCUUGGCUGGGGACCGAGACUGCUGCUGGCUUGAGUUUGCUUGUUGAAUUAUUGAACCCUCUGCGGCAUGAAUGGCCUGUUGUGCCAGCUGUGUGCUGGGGGAUCGCUCUCAACAGCUUGUCAUGACCUGAAGUGAAUGAGCAGACUGAGGGAAUUUCCUACCUGUCUGACACCAGGGCAGACUCUGCAGCUAACACACCCCAUACCCCCACGUGUUCCCUUUGAGGAACACAGGGGAAAGCCCUGCCUGCAUUUGUCUGUCUUUGGUCAUGUGAAAUGGAUUCUGGAUCCAUCCUUGGCACUAACAUUUUGGAUCCUGACCAUUAAAUAAUGAUUUUUCCCUUCCCUUUCCAAAUUCUGAUUCACACUCCUAGUUUGGGCUAAAUUCAUCCCAGAUGCAACUCCACUGACCAAGGGAACUACAGGAGGGGUCAGCUGUUGCCCCCUAGGGAGAGUUCCCAUCUGCAGAUUUCUUUCUCCUGAACCACUGUGACAGCUUAGCUCUUAUGAGUAGCGGCCAUUAGAUGAUUAACAAACCACACGUCUCAGUAUGCAAUACUAGGGAAUCUGGAGCCUAGUUUGUGACAUCUUUUGUUAUAACUUUGUUACAUCCUACUUUGCUUUUUUCAAUUCAUCCCAUGUACAGGGCACGAUGUGGGGUGGGGCGGGGGACUCGGGUCUGACAAGAGCCAGGAAAACAUGUUUCUGAUUCACUGGAUUCUGAUCCAGCUUAGAAAGGGGCACUGAGCUCAAACAACCCUGAAACUCUGGGGAAGUUCAGAUCCAGAUCUGAACCCAUGGCCAAAUUUGCAGCUCAUGUUCAUCUGUCAUCUCCAGUCCUGUCUAGUCUGGGAUGUCGGAAGAGAAUAGGAGACAUACGUCCUGAUCCUGAAACAUCCUGAAUCCAGGCAGAUGGCUGCACCUGCAUGGAGCCCCACUGACUUCAACAGGGCUCCAUGGGGCCAUAUCGAUCCACUCAGAUGGAGCACCUUGUAGGGGCCAAACUGGGAGAGAUGGGUGACUAAAUUCUGGACCCAAUUACUGUGGUGCUAAAGUCAAAGUUUUGCCAUUCAGUGUAAACACAAUCAGGUCUCUUGUCAUUUCCUUACAUAGCCAGUUAAUAUUUAUGUGAUAUCUCAGACUAAGGGCUUGUCUAUCUACAUGGGAAACUGACCGGCAGAAAUACAGCAGCGUAAUCUUACCACUGAAUACAGUCCUGCUGGUCGCGUUCCACAUAUAGAAAAGCCCUUAGUUUUUUCUACAGUACUCAUCCUUGCAGUAGCGAACCACUGACGACUAUGGAAGGUUUCACAGGGUGUUUCUACAUACUGUAUUUACCCUGUAUAUACUAAAAGAAACUGCCAGCUCUCCAAAGUACACAGCUUUAUUAUUGCCAGCAACAAUAUUUAUGAGCAACAACCCACAGGUUUCCCAUUUGCGCUGUCGGUCCCUGCCAGCUUCAGAGGGCUGAACUAUAUCAUUACUGUAGCAGGUAACCUUUUAUGGAAAUUGGGCUCAGCUGGUGUUUUUUUAAGUGCAAAUCAUAAUAUAAUGUUAUGGCAAGAAAAACAAAUAGUGACCUGUAGGUACAUUUUUCAAAUGAGACUUAGGCAUCUAAAUCUCUUUUGAAAAUGGGACUUAGACUGCCAAAUCAGGAAGGCACUUCUGAAAAUGUUUACCCCUUGUCUCCCGUUGUUUCUUCCGGACACGUGGCUGAAAUGGUAUAAUCACAUGAUCAGGAAUUAAUGUUCUCACAUGUAAAUAUGACCAUUGAAGGGCAAAAAUAAUUGUAAUAUAGACAGUGGUAGUAAUAUAGAUUUUCAUUUGUCCUUACUCAUGCUUUUUAGGUUGUAAUUCACAGUCAGAGUCCCUUUUGGGUCUUAAUCCUGCGGUCAUGGAAAUCGGCGAGAGUUGAGCUGUAUCUUAAGGUGCUAAGUAAUUCUGUAAAAGUGCUUGAUCCUGCCAGGUGCUGAGCAUUCUGACCUCAGAUCCAGCAAAGGCCACGUGCUGAACUUUAAGCCUGUGAGCAGAUCCACGGAUCUCGAGGGAAGCACUCAUGUGCUUUAAGUUAAGCAUGUGUUUGAAAGCUUUGCUGAACCGGGGCCAGCAUGUUCAGCUCCCUGCAGGAUUGAAGCCUGAGACCACUGAAAACUUUGAAAGUUCUUCUGCCAACAGGAAAUAAGUGAUUUACGUUUCCAACAUUUUUUCCCUCCACAUGGUGCUGCUUGAGCCUUGUCAAUUUCAAGGCAGAGCCAGGCUGGUUCAAAUUAGCAUGGUCAUUGUGUCUUAUUUACAGUCCCAGGGACCCUGCAGGUUCUUAAAGUUGGUGGUAAAGUUUCCAUGCAUUUCACAAUUAUUAUUUCACAGUCCUGCUCCCAUUUCAGUCCAUUGUAAAACACCCACGCAGCUGAAUGGGAGAAGGAUUCGGCUCUCAUCCCGUACAGGAAGCAUUUAGCAGUCUCUUGUUCCCAUGAGGAAGCUUUCCAAGCUGUGCUUGCUGGUGGAAAGAAGCUCUAACGCUGCUCCUCUUUCUGAAUCGAUUUCUACCUUUUUUUUUUUUAAUAGAGGCACUUCAUUAGUUAAAGAGAUAAUUAAGGUACUUGAUCAUUCUUGAGGGCAUUAAGAUUAGCACCAAAGAGGAAAUUAGCAUGCAAUAAUUUUAGGAUCAUUAAGGUUUCCUCUGAUACCAGCCAGGGCCACUACCCAUCUCUCUUUCCCUCCCCUUUCUCCCACUGAUGAUCAGUACCACCUUCAUUGCUUAGGGUUAUGCAUCUCAUUUUCUCAAACUAAUCUAUACCUGAAGGCUGUUACUUAUUCCUGGGGGUCUGCAAAGUGACUUUGGUUCCUCUGUUUCACUGCUACAAUUUUUCCAUGUUCUAUUUCCCUCACCCUUCCUCCGAUUUGAAAUAGAACGCUAGAUCCCAAAGUCAGCAUAAAGACAAAGCAAAGCCAAAAAAAAAAAAAACCCCAAAUUACAUUGCUUGUAAGAAAAAAAUCAACCUCUGAUGGAAAUUAUAUUCUGCAGAAUCCCAUUAAACAGCUUCAAACCAGCCUCAGAUAACUAAUGUGGGAAUGAAAAGCACUUGCUUAGUUCAUAUUCAGAGAAUAAUGGCCUUUUUUUUCAGAGUGCCCUUUUCAUGGCAUGGCUUUUAUUGGCCCUUCUCUCUUCUCACAGAACUGUUUUAGUGCGUGUCUGUAAAUCACAGGGCUCGAGCUUUACAUUUUAGAAUGCAAUUAAACAAGACAGUCAGUGGAGAAAAGAGAGAACAUCAGCACAGGAUCCCUCCUCCCCUGCUCAAUCGCUGUUUGUGCCAUGGGCUACAUUCAAACUUACGGUUACCUUUUAGGAAUCAUCCCCUCUCCCUCUCCCCCACACCUGCCUCAGACCCUAGAUGCACAAAGGGUCAGGACCAAUCUCUCACUAGCAAAACAGAUCUUUCUCUCUCUCACCCGAACCCACCCCCAACACUGUCCUUGCCAGAGGUGAAUGGCUGCAGACAGAGCCCUCUGAGAUGACCCCUUUCAUGAGGGCCCAAACCCUACACAAUGCCUCAUUAGGGCCCUCCCAGCUCCUAGGAGCCCAGGGCAUCAGUAUACGAUCCAAACUCAGAUUUCUCUACCAGCCAACCCACUGACUGUCCAGCUAUCAAGUAAUUCAACACUGCAUAGACCCAUCGGCUCACUUCAGAAGACAGUCGCCCCACAACAGAGGCAGCUGGGGGAUUGCCCAGCACAGGAACAUGAGAGAUUAUAAGAUGCCUUCUUUCCCCAGCAUGAGCCAUGCAGAGCUAUCGAUUUAAGGAAACAGCUCUUCCAGCUGGAGGAUCAGUGUCCGGGCAGGGCAGAAGGGGUGCAGUCCCUUUUCAUUAAGGAGCAUUGUGGAAGUUAAGGAGAGUGACUGAGUCCCACCUAAAUGUUUGACCUCCAGCUGCCAGUGUCUCGGGAUGUGCCCUCACUAACCCUGCAGGGUCACACUGCAGCUUGGCCUGAGUGCCUCACCUGGAAGAAAGAUGCACACACACUAGCAUAAUAUCUUUGCACAGCAGUCUCAAUUAAGGCCACUCCUACCCCACAAGGAAGAUCCCACUGCCAGGGUAUCACUCCACUUUGCCAAUGUGCAAAUGCCCAGCAAUCUUCUCCAUUCCCCUACCCUCCAGCAGAGACAAACCAGUUCACCCACCUCCCCCGGCAGAGCUCUUGGAGGAUGGCUCCUCUCCCAGUUAGAAAAUACCUUUGCAUCAGUGAAUGUGCAGAUGAAUUUCUUUUCUCCUGCUGAUAUUUCUCACUCUCUUUUAGUGGCGUGAAAAGCAAGGGCCCUGGGAGAAGGGGCAAGAAUAAGAAAGGGGAAAAAUAGUAGCAGCUAAAGGGGACUUACCAGCAUCUAGAAGAGCAGCAGCUAGCAAAAGCACAAUGUGAAAAUGAUCCCAUUAGGCCUGCAGCUGCUGGAUUCUGCCCAAUUUAAAAGGCCAGCCCCAGAAAGGCAUGCUGGGUAAAAAGCUCCUACAAGCAGGUAGCCCUGCGGUGCGUAAAGUUAGCCUGUAUCAGGUAUAGCUAUAAAGGAAGCACUGCUCGCAAAAAGCCUAUCUAGGAAUGACUUGUGGGACAUGGGAGUAUGGUGAGGAGAGCUCCUUCCCUCACUAGAGCGACUGAACUCACCAUGGUUUGUGCUCCAGUGCUGGAGAGCCAGUGGGUUGUGGCGGUUCAGAAGUGACCCUGUGUCAUGUUAAAUCAAAGCCCAGUAUCAAAUUCCGGCUCAGGUGGAACCUUGCCCGCUGUGAGAAAGGUAGGGCCCAGCUUAUCCCUGGUGUGACCCCAUUGCCUUCAGCGUGUGGCUGAAUGUAGCCUUGUCCCUUCUGUUGUUUCACACUGACUGAUCAGGAGCCAUUGGUUGAUACCACCAUCGUGUUUCACCUACAGAAUACCUGCCAAGUGGCAUCUAAAUAGAUAGGAUUGCUGGAGCCUGGUGCAAGACUGAGGAACGCUUCCCCUCUAAUUUGUUGGCUAAACUUUUCUUCCUGAAUUUUUGUUGCUAUGUUGGCUUCAAUUUAAGAGUGUGCUGGGCUGGAGGAGACACUUCUGUGUCCAAGCACCCCUUCACACACACGCAGAAUAUUACUGUGUGCCUCCACGGUCAUCAUGUUUUACAGAGCAAACCAAUGUCCCAAUCCUGCCGGAGGGAAGUGCUCCUCCUGCAACGUUAUGAGUGCCCUCACCUCACGGAGAGUUGAGAGCACCCAGGACUUUGCAAGAUCAAGAAGAAGAUGACACAAAAGGACAGAGGUCCCUUGAUGUCACCCCUUCUCACUCAUCAUGAACUCCGAUAGUAGGGAAUAGAAUAUGGCCUUCCGAGUCUUUCACGUGAUCCCUCCUCACCACUCUCCAGGACAUAAAAAAAUCAAUGCCUUACUGGGAACUUUCUCUUCUAUCCCAAACUUGUCAUCAGCUCAUCUGAGCAAGAAACAUGGUUAAGCAACUAAUGUCAUGUGUACAGUACAAUCCCAAAGACACAUGCGUUUUGAUAAAAGGUGUUGUAACAUCACUACUGGAUCUGAUAGGCACUCCAUCCUGUGGGGCGAAUCUAACCAAGUCAGGCAUCUUCAUUAGCUAGGAAUGUCCCAGCAAUUCCAUUUUAAAUUUAAUGAACCACUUCCUUUCUUUGAUUGGGCACAAAGAUUUGUUACCACUCUCUUUGGAACAUCCUUUCCUCCCCCCCGCCCCCAGCACACACAGACACUCUUUCAGUUUGAAUUGUGACUUCUGGAACAAGGUGCUGAGGUUUGAUUUUCCACUAGGGUUUUGUCUUCACUGCAAAGCAUGGUGUGUUUUCACAUUGAGUUGGCUUUCUGGCAGUAAAAUCUAACUAGCGACAAAGCAUUUGAGUUUUUAUCUCAAUGUAUCUAGUCAAGAUAAAGCCCCGGUGGGAAGUAUAGUGUUGACCUCAACUAGCUACAUCAAGGUUAAAAAUGACCUGUGCCUUAUCACCCCUAGGGUUUUACAUCAGUAUAGCUAGCUCAAGGUAAAACCCCGUCUUUUGCUGCCGUGAAGACACAACAUAAAUCUGGGCUUUUUCUUCCAUACACUCUUUGCCCUGCAAUUAAAAUUUGAUUUCAGGGCAAGGAUUGUCUUUGGGUUUGGAAUGAGGGCCUGAUAGUUUGGUUUAAUUAUUAUUAGUAUUUAUUAUUUGCUGAUACUAGAAGCGUAAGUUAAAAGGAUGAGACCUGGAAACUUGGUUAUUUUCAAGAACUCCCUGCUCUCACCCCUGUACCUUCAUUACAGCAUUGUACCAAUGUGGAAAUAAUUCCAUUUUGAUGCCAACUGUUGGCUAUUGUAAUGUGGAUCCAUCAGGGGAAUAAAUCUGAAUGAGGCUCAUGCCAUAGAGAGAGAGAGGAUUGCAGCCGAUAGGGUAGGGAGUUGCCCUUUCCCCUGGUGAAUGAGGAGGUGUAACACAACUGUAAGCAUCCUAGAUGAUGAUGAGAAGGGGGAAUGCAUUAACAACUGAGAAACCGGAGAGACUCUUCUUCAUUCCAUGUUCUGUUAUUUGUCUUCCAUGGGCAUUUAAAGCACUCGAACUGGCCACUGACCGAUCAAAAGGUGGAAAUGUCAUGUUCUGAUUAACAGGCAGGGUGCAGGCAGUAGCUUGUAUAUGCUACUCUGUUUUAUAUCAUUCAUAUGUCCAGGCUUCUGCCAGUCUGAGGAUCGAACCUGGUCAUCAUGUACUUUACCUCCAGGGUUCUAGGGGCAGACUGCAUUGGGAUCCUGGGCCACACCGCUCCCGUCUGCAAUUUACUAGUCCUAUUCUGCCCCGGCGUUUAUGGUGUUUGGGUGGUUACUUAGGUGGGUCUAGUCCAUAAGGUGGUGGAGAUGAGGAGGGGAGAUGUCCUAGGUGUAACAUUGCACAGUAGCGGCAGCAGUUAGAGUGCUGGUAUAACGUUCCUCGGGUCAAACUCAGUCCAGGCGUAACUUGAUAGACAGGAGGUUAUUGCUAGCUCCUUUGGGCAGGAAUUACCUAACCACCUUCUUGGCACUUAACAAAUAAUGAAUACGCCAGGGCUGAACUUUGCCCGCGGUCUGUAAAACUUCCUGGUGCUGUCUGCUCGCCUCCUGCUAGGGAGAUGCCGGCUACAAAGAGCACAAUUCCCUCCGGACCUAGUCCAGCUGGGCUCUAAAUCCUACCAACAACUGUGGUGGGGAAGGACAGGACGGUGCUUAUUCAUUUCCUGAGAGGUCAGGGUCUGCUGGCAUUUCCAUUGUAAAACCUGCACCAGGGGAUUUAUAACACAACCCUGAAAAAGCCACUUCGGGCUGAAAAUUUGCCAUUUCAUUUUUAGCUACACUCUCAGUGUAUGUGCUCCACUGUAUAUUUUAUACACAUGCACUCACGUUCGCAUCUUCAGAUUUCAAGAGGGACUUUUUUUAUUUACAUUUUAAUGAAAUUUGGCAGGACAUUGGUCUGUGGUCUUGACUUGGUCCUUUCCAUAAACUCAGAAAACCACCAAACAACUCUUAGGGGGUGGGCUUUUGCCAUGACUAGAAAUAGUGCUCAUGCAUUUCUCCUACGCUUGUUUCUUACCUGCACACUCGUUGCGUGUGGGUCGGGACAUGACAACUAUCAUCUAUGUGGAGUCUGUGGGUUGUGAACAGGGAUCAAAUAGCUCUGAGGGUCAUCCGUUAACAUGAGGUGAAAGGAGAUAUGUGCUACAUGAGGCUCUGAAAAUAUGUAAGUGAAGGAUCUGGACCAUGAAUAGACUCUAGGAUGUUAAGGCUGACAAUCUAACUUCACAUUGAAUCCCCCCUCUCAACUCACCGUGUUGUAUCUAGGCAUUUAAACUCCAGUCGCUUUUAGUUAAGGAAGAUUUUAGGCUAGAGUUAUUUCUGGAGCUGGGGGGACAUAAUGGUACAUUGCUCAGGCAUCAUAGGGUAAGUUAAAAACAAAACUUUGGCCUUUACUCUGGAGCAUCGUGGUCUUGGUGGGGGCCUUUUUGUGGUUUCAGUGAAGUUUCAUUAUGGUUUCUUGACACCUCCCGUGUGAAUCAUUGCAAUUGACUUGCAGUGUAUCUGGGAAACUGUCAUGAGAACCUGAUACACUUGUUUAUAUGCAGUCUGUGUCUUCCCCCACACCGUUCUCCUGUCUUUUAUUUGCUAGUCACCUUCUGCCCGUGCAUGGGGGCUUAUGCAUUACAUUACACUAUAGCUGGCAAAGAACUCUGCUCUUUGAUAGGAUGUUUAAUGGGUUACCCCACUGUAAAAACCUGGUUGUCACUAAGGUUUUGUUGGCAUGCAUGGUGAAAGUGAGCUAAACUGAUAUAAACCGGGAUUAAACUAAAUCAGUGCAUUUUCUGUACAUAUAGAAAGCCAUAAAAGUAUGUCUUCACUGCAGAGUACCCGAGUUAUCUUAGCCUGGUUAUGAGCAACUGCACUGCAAAGCCAUACUCCAGUGAUGGGGCCCACACUGGUGCUGCACUCACCUGCAUCGCUAGGACUUCUAGGGACCCAGCCCACGAUUGUUUGGGCUGCAGUAAAAUGAGCCUUUCUAGGGUUAGAAUCAUAGAAUCAUAGAAUAACAGAGUUGGAAGGGACCUCUGGAGGCCAUCUAGUCCAACCCCCUGCCCAGGGAGGGACCAAUCCCAACUAAAUCUCGCUCAGUGAAUUGUGGGAGAACUUAGCUGUCCUGUGCAUGUGGGGGGAAAUGUGGGAAGACACUGGAGGACUUUCAGCCCUUGAGUGGCUUAGCCUGCAAUCUUACUGCAAAGUGGGUGAGUUACCAGCCUGAGUGAAAGCAGAUCUCAGACUUUAGCCACCAGCCCCAGAUGAGCCAGCUAGGUGGGGCUGAAAACAAAUUUCCCCCCAGACUUCUCAUUCCUGAGUCAUUGUUAAUGUAGCCAUGACUCAUGAAAUUGGCCUCAGCAAGGAACUGAGUAAAGGAGGCCUUUCCAGCUCUGGAAUAGCUCUUUACUCCCCAUUCCCUGGCUCCUUAACUCCCAAUGAGCCAAAUGCUACCCUGGUUUAAGCGCGCAUGACCUGUUUAAACCAGAGCUGAGUUUGGCCUAUUGCCUUCAAGGAGGACUUUUAAGAACAUAAGAAUGGCCAUACUGGGUCAGACCAAAGAUCCAUCUAGCCCAGUGUCCUGUCUUCUGACAGUGGCCAGUGCCAGGUACCCCAGAGGGAAUGAACAGAGCAGGUAAUCGUCAAGUGAUCGCCCAUUCUCAGCUUUUGAUAGAGAAACCACAAAAGAAGGACUUUGAAAUUUGGUGCCCUCCUUUGUAGACAUGCAGGUCUGCAUUAUUUCCUUUUUUGGCUCCCGAGAUUCCCAAUUAAUUGUCUGGGUUUGAAUCUGAAGAGGUUGCAUUGUUCAGAUACAGGGAUGACAUAGGUGGUUAGCAGGACACAAUGUGGGGCUUAAUGAGGACACCAUCCAGGUUGACAAGCUCCUAAAUUACCCUAUAUUCGAAAAAUUAUUUGAAACAAAUGGUCACCUCCUACUGAAACAUUCAUGGCCCUCGGCCCCAGCGGGUCUGUCUUGCUUUUAAAAACUGCCAACACUGAUCCAGGCCCUUGAAGUUGUUGGGACAAUUGGAAGACAUGACUGUCUCCUGGCUUUCUCCCAUUGAGACCCAGCAGGAUAUCUGCACUAUCCAAAUCCUCACACAGUAAAUCUCAGCUCCCCUGUGGUUGAAUUGAAGGCAGGUUAAUUUGGGGGCCUGUCAGGUUUGGAAGUGUCCUCAGACUUAUGGUGCUCAGUAAGCACUUGAAUGGCAGGGAUGUAGUAGGGAUGAGCCAUCACCUAAGUCUUAUCUGCAGUGCCGGACUGCUGCUCACUGUAGCCUCUGGCAGUCUCAUUGUACAUUAACACUGCAUUCUCUGCUGCUUACGCAGUCAGACAUGAGAGGCAGGCCCAUUCUGGGAAUCUGGAGCAGAUCAUAAACGUUGGCAUAAGGCACAAAGCUGAAGGGUAAGUAGCUUUAUCCACCUGAGAGGUGCACAGAUUACCCUGAAAUGCACAGCCCGGAGCAUCUCAUUCCUACUGUGAAACGGAAUUCAUAUGUGAAAAACAGAGACAGACCGCGGGCAGUUCCUGGGCCUGGUUAUGACAUUACUGACAGCUCCCACGCUGGCCAGAACUCUCCACCUCUUUCAUGAACUAACCGAGCCAUUGGGAAAAAUGUAACUUUGCACGUGGGUUUGAAAGGCAGCAAGACCAAGGCAAAGCGAGAGAUCUUGAAAAGCUGAAGCAAUGUGGGUGGGAAAAUACCAUCAGCCUCUUGCAAGCGAUUUUGGGCAGGCUAGAGGAAGAACGGUCUCUCUCCCCACCUCUGGGAAAAUCGGGCAGCCACCAACUGCUCUCCUUAGUGCUGGAAAGGAAGUUCAGGUCUGCUAUUGAACCUGCUGCAACAGAACUUAGCAACGCCCACGCGCCUGUAGCUCCUUCCUCCACUGAAACCGUUCUCUCAGGUGUAGCACGAUCACUGGCUCCGGGGCAAUCCAAUGCCCCGAAGUGGGAAGUCAGGCAGGAAACAAGCAGGAGCAGAAACUAGUUUUCCUGCUGCUGUCAUCAAGAACAAAACCAGGACCAGAGAAAUACUGUAAGAGGUAUUGACUCUCACUGACAGGGGCUGCGUUUUCCAAGAAGUGCAAACUGGUCUAGACAGAAAAAAACAUGCUUGCAUACGUUUCUCUUCUCCCCUGCCCCUCUUAAAAAAAAAAAAAAAGAAAAAAAAAGUGACCUCCCUGUCUUUUCUAUGUGAAAUGUAUUUGUCUAUAUCGAUACAAUUGGUCUGGCCUUAUUGCUCCAUUUAAGGACGUGUUUUGCUAUAAGGGGCACAGAGUGCAAAGCAACUGCUUCCUUAAGAGUAACAUUUUUACGUCAUGGUAAACAAACCUAUAACUUAUACAAGUACAAUUUGCAUGAGCAAUGGCAGAUUACUUUUUUGGCUUGUAAAAACAAAAUUUAAAAAAAGUUCUAUUCCAGCCGUUUGAAGAUGGACUGUAAGAUUUCUGUUGUAAGUGUAUAUAAAAAUAUAUAUAUUUAUUGAACCAUACAUUCAUGCCGAUUCCAAUUAAAAACAAAAUAAAAGU